AUGUCCUUCCCCACCAUCGCUCUGAACGACGGAAACAAGAAGAUUCCGGCCAUAGCGUUCGGGACAGGGAGCAAGUUCUUCCGUCAGGACGUAACUCAGUACGUCGAUCAGGCGCUCGAGUCCGGCUUCUCUCACAUCGACACCGCAGCGGUCUAUGGCAACGAGGAAUUCGUGGGCACCGCGAUACGCGAGAGCGGGCUCGACAGGUCCGAGCUAUAUAUCACGACCAAGUACGACGGAGGAGACAUUCAGGAGAGCAUCCGAUCGAGCCUCGACAAGCUCGACGUCAAGUCGGUAGAUCUCUACCUUAUCCACUUCCCGCGGCUCGUCGAGCACGAUUUUGAGGGGACAUGGAGGCAGAUUGAGAACAUCAAGGAAGCGGGCCUCGCCAAGAGUAUAGGCGUGAGCAACUUCUCGCUCGACGACCUGAAGAGUGUCGUCAAGUCCGCCAGGAUCAAGCCAGCUGUCAAUCAGAUUCGCUUCCAUCCGUACAACUUUUCAUCGUACAAGGAUGUUCUCGAAUACUCUGCCAAGCACGGCAUUGUGACCGAAGCAUAUGGCAGCCUUGCUCCCAUCACGCAAUUUCCGAAUGGGUCGCUUGAUCCAGUCCUCGCUACGAUCUCUAAACGGGUCGGUGGAACACCCGCACAAGUCAUAUUCAAGUGGGUCCUCGCGAAAGGUGCGGUGAUCGUGACCACGAGCUCCAAGACCGAGCGACUGCAGGAAUACCUCGCCGUCGCGGAUCUCUCCGAUCUGACACCCGAAGAGGUGGCUGCCAUAGACGAGGCGGGCGCGAAGGGCGCCCCGGCCUCGUGGCGAAGCCUCGCGAAUGUUUCGGUCUCAUUCCUUCUUCUCCUUCGCAUCGCAGUAAGCUUGCUGUUCCUUGGGUACGUCGCGCUGGCAUCUUCGAAGCGGUCUUGCUCUUUGAUCGCCUGAGCAUGGCUGUCGGUGCGGUAUGUCUUGUAGUAUAUUCUAUAGAACGGUGUGUGCAUUCUUGGCCUUUGUCAAAUAGAGCGGGCUACCU